UCCCUCUCCAUAUCUUAGAAGUGUGAAGUUCUCACAUACUUCUCUUGAGCAGAUUGGAAACUCCAUCCAACUCUCAUUAGCAACUCUAGCUUUGCAUGAACAAAGCAAAGUGUCUGCAAAUUACUCUUCUCAUGCAAUGCAGGCUGCAGACCUAUCAUUCCAUCAAGUCUUUCUUAAGACUAUGUUCAUGGGUCUGAAAAUUGGAGUUUCAAUGAAGACGAUGAGCUACCAAGAGAGGAAGAAAGUCAUCAAGCUCUCGGCGAAUAUAGCCAUGGCGGUUGCAGGCAAGGGGAUGAAUUGGAGCCGUGCAUUGAUCACUAGCCAUGCAAAGCAUGGGCAGAACAAAGUUCUUCUGAUGAGUCUGCUGGGAAGGAGAAGGUAUGAGAGCAUAACCAAGCCAUGCUUCCCAGUGAAAUUUAAGGAGAAGAGGAUGAAGUUGAAGAGGAGAUUUAGAAGGACUAAUUCAAUCUUAAGAAGAGGAGCGCAUGCAUCAAAUGGUGCAACAGCAAGAGUGAUAGCAGAAUCUCUGGUAAAACAAAGAACAAGAAUUCUGAAACGGGUGGUGCCAGGAGGCGAGACUUUGGAUGAGCUCUCACUGCUGGAAGAGACCAUAGACUAUGUCAUCUCAUUGAAGGCUCAAGUCAAUCUAAUGAGGCUGCUCACAGAAGCUCUCAGCCGAAGUAAUAAAGGAGGAAUUCCAUAAGAAAGUUCAGAAAUGUUUCAGCAGACUAUUCUAUAUAAAGGAGAACAGCCUCAAGAAUUCAGUCAAUGAUAUAUGAGGUUACAUUAGGAUGCUUCCACUUGAAAUGUGAUGCUAAGUUGGCUUCUUUGUUGUUUCUAAUUUUUAAAAAUGGGCAGGAUUAAAAGUCAAGCAUUAAGCCUGCUAUAUUUUAUGUCGUGUAAUACCUCUUGAAGAUAAAUGAUCGUUUGUGCAUGAAAUGUUAAUGAAAUUUUA